UCCAUCUCAGAGCAAAGGGGAUCGGGGAGAGUUGAACAGGUUCUAAAUCGAAGUGUCUCACGGUUUCAGGAGUUUGGAUUGUUAAUUCUUGUCUGAACCUGGCGGGUCAACAUGGGUUACAGGACUGUGGUGAUGUACUCAGAGAUUGGCUGCUUUGUGGUCUGCGUGGCUGGAUGGAUCCUGGUCUGUUCAACGCAGCCCACAGAGAUCUGGACUUGGUCUGAGGUUGGCAGUAUUGUCCUAACGACAUCCAACUACUUCUCCAAUCUGUGGAAGGACUGCAUUUCUGACUCUACCGGAGUAUCUGACUGUAAGGGAAUUCCAUCAAUGCUGGAAUUGAACUGGGACAUUCACAUGUGCCGAGCUCUCAUCAUCAUCAGCAUUAUCUUGGCCUUCUUCGGAUGCAUUCUGGUCUUAGUGGGAAUGAAGUGCACCAAGAUUGGGGGCUCAGAGAUUACCAAUGCAAAAGUAACAUUUGCUGGUGGAAUGAACUACCUUAUAGGAGGCCUGUCCGCAAUGACAGCGUUCUCAUAUUAUGGAAACAAAAUUAGAUCAGAGUUUGACAACCCCAACUUCGUUGAACAGAAGUUUGAGAUCGGAGUUGGAGUCUUCAUCGGCUGGGGAGGCUCCACUUUACUUGUUGCUGGAGGCCUUGUGUACUGUAUCUUAGCUGGCAGGGAAGCAUUCGACUCAAGACCAAAGAAAGACCUCGUUAACCAGUACCCUGGCUACACCUUUGUUCCGUCAAGAAAGAGCUACGCAUCAUCAGCUCGCACAGAGAUCACAGACACCAAGAAAACAAGAAGCCAAAGAAGCUCAAGCGAAAGCAGAAACAGCAGCAUCUCUACCAUCUCCAGCUAUACUAGACAGACGGGCAGCAAUGUUUACGUCUGAAUUUUAUUUGUAGAAGGGAAGCAAUGUGCAGUGCUAUGAAAAAAUAUUCGCUCUCCCUACAUAUAUUUUUCUGCUCCUUUUUCUUUCCCAUAUCUACAUUUUUAGAUCAAACAAGGCAUAAGACAUAUAUAUUCUAAAUUAAUGCAAAAUAUGGUUUUCAUAUGAUAAUUGCAUUAAGGGAAAAUUGUUGUAAAAAAAAAAAAAAAAUCAUCCAAUGUAAAAUAAGUAAUUUGUGUAAGCAUGAAUAAACUCACUAUCUUGAUUUUUAACCUUAUUUUGAGGUGGUUCCACUAGCCAAACCUAGGGCUUACCUGCAAGGCUUACAGAAUAGAUAUAUCCUUUUAUAUGCAGUAAAAAUAUGUCUGAUAAUAUGAAGAUAGAAAAAAUCUCCAACCAAAAGAACUGGACCAUUCCCUGAAGUUAGAGCUCUGGACAACCACAGUGAGAUUUGUUUUGCACACAUGGAGAAAACAUAAGGGAGUGGUUCAAGAUUAAAGCUUUAUUUCUUAUUCUUGAGAUACAAUUUUAAUUUACAGUAGUCAUUAAAGGUAGAAUAUAACAAACACAUCAAACAAAAGAAAAAUACGUGCGUGUGUAUGUGUCUUUGUGUGUCCUAAAUGGUCAGGCAAAAAAAUAACAAAGAAGUCAGAAACAUUCUUUAUACAAUAUCAUGAAAAGGUUGAGGCAAAAAUUAAGUUUAAUUUCAUAAAUAAAAUGAGAAAAACUUACAGAAAUAUGAGAACUAGACAAAAAAAUCAAGAAAUCAGGGCAAAGCAUUUGAGACACAGGAAGGGAACCAUUGGACAAUGAGGCAGAUGGAGAGAAGAG